AUGUCUGUUCAGAUUGAGAAACCUCAGCUACAAACUCUGCUUCGCGAGAGAGUGUUUGUAGCGUGGAAAAAUUCAGCAGGAAAGCCUUUGACACUAGGUUCUUGUUUGCACCGUAACAAGCAGCGGCCUGAAUUUAUUAUGGAGGCAGGUUAUGAUAUGGAAGGACAUGUUCACAUACACUUUUCUCUUAUGGCGUCUGUCAGGGUUGCCGGCGAGACUCAACCGCUGGAGAUGUUGUUGGUUGUUCCGCCAAACGCCAAUUUCGCAAAUGCCCCUAUGCCUCUGUCAAAACUGGACGCCGACGACUCACCACUCCCCAAUGACUCAAUUUUUCCCGACGCCUCUGCACUUCACGAAGCCGGCAUAAGCGAAUCAGGACAUGUCAUCCUGGUACCAUUCAACCUGACAGCGACAGGAUUCGUCAUUAUGAAGAACACAUCUGCGAUCGUUAGGCCCAGCGGCCACACCUCAAACCAAUUGAUUCGUAGCUUCGAAUCCCUAUCUCACACAUCCAUCUUCAGCGUAUACAUCAAGCCGAGUGAUUACGCGCGGGAGGGUCUGAAAGAAAUUUGCAAGCGUUUAAGCAACACUGGUGUCGCCACACACAAAAUUGACAUGAAGGAAAUGUACGUUCAACGUGGGGGUAUGGAAGUGGACUGGAGUAGAUUUAGGUAUCAUCCUCGACAAGACAAACAACCGCCACCAUAUGCCGAUAAUCCUGCUCUGCCAAUACCGGAAGUGCAAGUUCCUCGGUCACCACCGAUCACACUCGGAAGGGAAGUGCUACCCGCCAACACUAUCGAAGAGGCGAUUGCAGAGACACCGAACCGGUCUCCAGUUGACCCGAACCCUGCACCGGUAUUACAUGGCAUCUUCUCUUCCAGUGCUGAGGUGCCAUUGGGUGACGAAGUGGAAGUGGGCGGUGUCGAGGAGGACAUGAUAUCCAUCGAAGCGGAUUUCGACGUGGGCUCAGAUGAAGAAUAUCUCGCCAACUUGAGAUCUCGAGAACUAAGUCAGCAACUCAAAGACAACUUGGCAAUUCCGAAGAUACUUGAGUCGAAGCUUGUCGAGUGGCUAAACGGGGCCAUGACGAUAAGUCCAACCGUUUACGAACACAAAAGCUUAGCCAUUAAGUUAUUAACUCUUGCUGAUUGUGUUCGUACGUCGAAUACUAAGUUGUUCGAUGCUACAACACCAUGGUGUUCUGCCUUAUUGUUCUACGACCCGCUCGAUUCCGAGAAGACUGUCGAGUUAUUGGAGGAGAAAAUCCGAUGGCCCAUUUCCGACAUGGCCAAGCUGAUUAAGUGGGCUAAUACGUUUAGAUAUGGUGCCGAGAUCAAUUCGCUAUUAAUCAAUGAUUUCGUAAAGCUAGGUAGUGCCGCUCGCAAUCUUUCUCUGCGUCCUGGAUAUGACAAGGCUGCUUACAAUUAUCAAAGAAGUGUGUGCAUUGCUCGUGUAUUGGUUCAGUUUGGAAGGUCUGGAAACAUUAGUGGGGAGAGUGGCGGGCCUGUUUCUCGAAAACGGACCUUGGAAGCCAGUGAUAAUAUGUCUAAGCGAGCAAGAAAUAUCAUAUGA